CCUAACAAACGCACGCGAGCUGUGAACAUCACGAAAGCUGAUUAUGAAAGACUGCUUCCACACCAGUAUCUAAACGACACUGUAAUAGAAUUUGGCCUCCAGCUAUGGCACCAUGAACUUGCCAUGGAAAACCCCGAGUUAGCCCAACAAAUACAUAUCUUUAAUUCAUUCUUCUAUCGCAAGCUCAAUAAGGACAGUAUUCAGGCAGGAUACGAAAACGUCAGACGAUGGACAUCUAAAUUCGAUAUUUUUGAAAAAAAAUUCGUCAUUGUGCCAAUCAAUGAAAACCAGCACUGGUAUCUCGCCAUAGUUUACCAACCGGGGUUGGUUCUCCUGCCUUCCUCAGAACCCAGACUUCCCAACACAAGUCUCCCUUCUGACGUUCCUCAAGACACAAUUUACCAGCCCAUGAUAUUCACGUUUGAUUCACUGGGUGAACAGCACCCAUAUGUCAUCGAUAUUCUUGGCAAGUAUCUCCAAUUAGAAGCUGGGGACAAGAAGAAACUUUACAACACCACGAAGCCCGGAGGUAGAAAUAUCCCGGUCCCCACGCAACCCAACUCUUUGGAUUGCGGUAUUUACAUGCUACACUUCGCACAGGUUUUCGUGAAAAAGGCAGAAUACCUUUCUACAAUCACGGUGAGUUCAGCUUAUAACUACGCGCGACCUUGUUAA